ACCGAUCGGUAUUUAAAGCUCUGUAGUCUAAUGCAAAAGGUCGCUUGGGGGAAUGAAAUUUUCAUUAAAAGGAUCACCAAUGAGGAAUCAAAGCUAGUUUCCAAGGAAUAUCUACCUACAAGCGAUGGAGACUACCUGAUGCUAAUUGAUGAUACUCCAGAAGCUUCCGGAGUGAGAAACGCAUUGACUAUCGCAAAUUUCCCGUUCGAUUCUUCAAAUAUACUGGCAAAGACAUUGGCAAAGAUCAGAGGAUCCGACGAAAAUUACAUUGUGCUAACAAGAAAAGUUAUUCCUAUCGGUACUGGCCUUGGUGGAGGUUCCAGCGAUGCAGCUGUACUUAUAAAUUGUUUGAAUGGAGCAGUUAAUUCGGAAGAAAUUGUAAAAAUAGGCUCAGAUGUCCCCUUUCUUGCGCAUAAUUGCAAUGCUGCAAUCGUCUCCGGAAUAGGCGACAAAAUUCAUGAAAUAGAGCUGAAUGGAUAUAACGACUGGGUCUACAUUCUUAUUCCGCAAGAGCUUGUAUCCACAAAGGAUAUCUUCUGCAAAGCAAGGGAGCUACUUUCCAGUGGAAAGUUCCACAAAAACACCCGUUUAUUCGAGAGGAAUCUAGAGUUUGUAAAGGGUUUUAAUUCAUUAGCCUCUGGAGAUGAUCUGGAAUCAUCUGAAACUUUGGGAAACGACAUGGAGGGAUGUAUUAUCAACGGAAAUGUAUUAAAAUUGCACAACCUUUUAAAGAAUCUUCUGCAUGGAAAGUGCUUUGGAAUGUCCGGAAGCGGUUCCUCAUUCUUUGUUCUAGGUACAAAUGACGAUGUUAUGAAGCAAAUUAGGCACACAUAUGGGAGUCCACUCAUUAUUGUAAAGACAAGAUUCAAGUCUGAAGGCAAUAAUCAUGUUUUUGAAUAUCUGUAA